AUGAGCUUCUCAGACACAUAUUUUGCCAGUCUUGCUGGUGCCCGCAAGGCUAGGAAACGAUACUCGGCCCGUGUGUUCUAUCUUGUGAUACUGGUUGUCCUUGCAGUGGCCCUUGGAAGCCGCUUGGUUCCCCGCGACCACAAUGCCCAAGAUGGAUUCUCUGCGCCGGUAGUAACUAGGAGGAAUCGAAGAUCAUUGGUACCGGGCACAGAGAGCUGGACGAUACAAGAGGGCGAAAAAGAGUGCCGGCUGGUUCACCGCGCGAAGCACCAAUGCUCCUUCAUUCGAGAUAACUGCGAAGACGAGAAUAUUGGCCUCAUCCCAUAUUUAGAGAUUUACUACUGUUGGCUCGGUGGUGCAAAGCCGGUCGGUUUCGCUUUGCUCUCAGCAUGGCUCGCGAUGCUGUUUAGCACAGUUGGAAUUGCCGCCAGCGACUUCUUAUGUGUAAACCUCAGCACCAUCGCCAAUAUUCUUGGAAUGAGCGAGAGUUUGACCGGCGUGACUUUCCUGGCCUUUGGGAAUGGAAGUCCUGAUGUGUUCUCUACAUUUGCCGCCAUGAGCUCUAAUAGUGGUAGCCUGGCUAUAGGGGAACUCGUUGGUGCUGCUGGCUUUAUCACUGCCGUUGUUGCAGGGUCAAUGGCGCUUACUAGGCCAUUUAAAGUCGCCCGGCGGAGCUUUGUCCGUGACAUUCUGUUUUUUGCCGUGGCUACCGGUUUUACUAUGGGAUUCGUUGCUGACGGAAAGUUACACGCUUGGGAAUGCGCAUCGAUGAUCGGAUUUUAUAUAUUCUAUGUCUUCAUUGUUGUCACUUGGCACUGGUAUAUGGGCCGGCAAAGGCAGAGAAUUGAGCGUGAUAUUGCAGCCCGAGCUCAUUUCCAUAUACCCCAAAACCAGGAACUAGAGAUCAAUGAGGUACCAGAGGAUGAUGAUCCCAUCGCCGGCGGCGAGAGCCGCCCCCUCCUAGGCGCCACAAACGAUGACUUCGGGUCGCUGGAACGGGCAGAUAUCCCAACAUUGAGAAUUGAAGACGAAGGGGAUGAAGAAGAGCGGGAUAGGCAGCAGCUAGCAGAACUGCACGAGAACAUGCGAGUCAAUCGGCCACAGACCAGUCAAAGAAUGCUUUCUAGUGGAGGUAUUCGACCCAGUUUAGUUGGCGCUCUCGAGUUCAGAUCAGUUCUAUCCUCUCUAGAGAAAUCACGCAACCUCCAGUCGGGACGAAUCCAUUUGCGAAGCUACUCGGACGAUCCAUUUUCUACUACCCAACCUGCAGCAGCUCGUCCGAGAGCCUCUACAGCUCAACAGCCUCAAUUUUUUUCCUAUCAGGAUGACGACAGGGCCGGACAACCUGGCUUGCCCACUUCCGCUCAGCCACAGAUGCUAGCCCACAGUCUGGAUAAUGCCCCGGGAGCUCACCUUGGGCAUCAAACGAAUCUACUCUGCGCAUCUCCUACUUCCUCUGGCUAUCCUUCUCGAUCCCACAGUCCUGCCCCGUCCGUUGAUCGGUCUAAAUCCCCAGGCCGAUUAGCUGUCCCACGUACUGUCUUUCAGCAGCCGACCUACGGCGCUGGUGGCCAUACCCCGUCUAUUCAAUCGUCAAUUUCUCCCCAAACAACGCCGCCAGCUUGCGGAGGCGGUUCUACUCCAGCCAGUCCCGAGUCGUCAAUUACCCCAUUCCCCCCGUACACUGAUGAAACCGCAUACACCCCUCAUGGGCCUUCGAGCCUUCGAUUUCAAAGGUCGGCUCACUCGCUAAGCUCUGAAUACACCCGUGCGCAUUCUGCAGGGACAGAUGUCGAGAUUUCUGGUCCAAAGUGGUGGCCACGCUCUGUUCUUCCCUUUCCACUGGCCAUUAUUUCGGCUCUGUUUCCGACUCUCUACGACUGGGGAGAAAAAUCAAUAUGGGACAAAUUUUUAGGGAUUGCUGCAGCACCCAGUGUUUUCGUUCUCACAAUGACCUUACCUGUUGUGGAGACUGACGGCUCUGAGCCGGAGGCCAUUGCUGUUCCUGAACAAGGAGCAGCAAUCAUAGUUGAACAACGGUCAGGGCUUGAUGUAGUUCCGACAAUCGCCGUUCCUAAUUAUCAUGAUGACGAGACAGCCGUAGCCAACUCACAAGAGAUUGGUCGACCCUCUCUCAAUCGCCUUCGACAAGAUUCGGAACUACCAAGCCAUCUCCUGUCAAACAAUGGAACAGAUGGCUCUUGCUACUUCAACUGUACACCGCCGCCGUUAUUCAUCACGAUAACAUUAUGGAAUAAUCUUCGUCCGGAACACGACCCUAGCACUUUGAUUUUGCCUGUCCUCCUCUCACUGCUCCUGUCGUCUGCCUUCACAAUAGUCCUUCUCUUCGCCACGAAAGCCUCGUCUAGUCAGUUACCUAAACCCCUCAGACCAUUUGUUGCCUUCCUUGGCUUCACCGUCGCAAUAGCAUGGGUCUCAACCCUAGCUACCGAAGUCGUUGCCUUACUUAAACUCUUUGGCGUCGUUCUAAACAUCAGUGACUCUCUACUUGGCCUUACCAUCUUCGCUGUUGGCAAUUCGUUGGGUGACCUCGUUGCCGACGUCACUAUAGCACGCUUAGGAUACCCUGUCAUGGCACUAAGCGCGUGUUUUGGCGGCCCAAUGUUGAAUAUCCUCAUUGGCAUUGGUGUCGGAGGCUUGUAUAUGACUUUCCAGCCGAUACAAAACAUACACUCUGCUAGCAUUAAUACUGCAUUAUCGACUUCCCUUCAACCAUACCCUAUCACGGUGUCUAAAACGCUGAUUAUUAGCGCUGCGACGUUAAUGAUAACAUUGCUUGGUUUACUUAUCGUUGUGCCGUUGAAUAAGUGGCGGAUGGAUAAAAAUGUGGGCUUCGGCCUAGUUGCUCUAUGGUGUAUCAGCACCAUCAUUAACGUUGUUCUGGAAUUAGUUUCUUAA